AUGAAUAAUAAUAAUAAUAAAGAUUCAUUAGGUACAAUUCAAAACAUUUCACUGACUCAAUUUAAUCUUGGUACAAUUAGAAAUGAAAAAGCAGGUAUCUAUUGGUUAGAUAAGCAUUUCUUUUCAAUUACAUUGUUCAAAUUAAUAGCGCACUCUCAUCAUUUGGUAUCUAUUCAAUCUUCAACUACUCAUACUACAUCAUCAACCACUACUGGUCCACAUCCAUCAACUUUCCAUUCAGCAUCAACUACUGACGGUAAAUCAAGUAGUGGCCGUGGUGGUAAAACUUUAACUACUGGAGGUAAAUCAAGUAGUAGUGGUGGUGGUGGUAAAACUUCAAAUGCAUGUACUCACUCUUUAUCAAUAAUCGUUAAAUAA